GCGCCGCGCGCGUCCGUGCGCUGCCCGCACCCCGCGCGCCCCGCGCCCGGCCCCCAGGCCCGCAGUGUCUUCUCCCGCAGUCAUGGCCCCGGUGCCCGCGAAGAGCGCCCGCCUGGGGCCAUGAUCCGCCUGUGCGGUUGGUGCUCGCGGAGGCCCCGCGGCGCGGCGGGGCCGGCAGGGCGGCGCUGGGCGUCGGGUGGGCCUGCUGGCCGCGCCCUGCGAGUGCUGGUGGACAUGGACGGCGUGCUGGCCGACUUCGAGGGCGGCUUCCUCAGGAAGUUCCGCGCGCGCUUCCCCGACCAGCCCUUCAUCGCGCUGGAGGACCGGCGCGGCUUCUGGGUGUCGGAGCAGUACGGCCGCCUGCAGCCCGGGCUGAGCGAGAAGGCCAUCAGCAUCUGGGAGUCUGAGAACUUCUUCUUUGACCUCGAACCUCUCCCAGGGGCUGUGGAAGCCGUGAAACAGAUGGCUAACCUGGAGAGCACUGACGUCUUCAUUUGCACGAGCCCCAUCAAGAUGUACAAGUACUGUCCCUUCGAGAAGUAUGCCUGGGUGGAGAAGCACUUCGGCCCUGACUUCCUGGAGCAGAUCGUGCUGACCAGAGACAAGACCGUGGUCUCCGCUGACCUCCUCAUAGAUGACCGGGUGGACAUCACAGGGGCCGAGCCGAACCCCAGCUGGGAGCACAUCCUGUUCACAGCCUGUCACAACCGCCACACACAGCUGCAGCCCCCCAGCCGCAGGCUGCACUCAUGGGCAGAUGACUGGAGGGCGAUUCUGGACAGCAAGCGGCCCCACUGAGCUGGGCUGAGCCCUGGCCCUGUACUUGCCUGGCCGGGCCCUCCACGGACCUCAGUGCAGGGUGGGCCCAGGGGCCUGGACAGGACACCGGGCGCCCAGGCCAACCUCAGGCCUCUGGUCUGGGAGGAGCUGGGGCAUUGUUUGGUGGGGCAGUCCUCCCCUCCCUCAGGGAAGCCCCCUCCCUGCCGGCAGCUACCUGGUCUGAGGACGAUGCAGGAGCAGAUGGUUGAGCGGCCCCUCUGAACCUCAGCCCCUGCCGCCUGCCCGACACCCAGUGGGGUCUCCCCCAGGCACCUGCCUGGAUCCAGCAACAUGGUGCGAGUUCCAGGUCAUGCUGGCCUCAUGCAGGGGGUCUCACAGCCCGGCCUCUGACUGGCUGGAGGGCUUGGCCCCCACUCCAACCUGGGGGUUCGCGGAGGCAUGAACAAUAAAUGCUGUUCUUAGUCCCCA